AUGCCCCUCCUUCCCAUCCCAAGCGCUGCUCGACGAAUCUUCCAAAUGGCCAUCUCACCUUCCCUCCCACUCAACUCACAUGGCUUCCACAGCUCGGUGGCCAGCAAGCUCCCCGAGGUGUUCAUCGUCGCCGCUGGCCGUACUCCCGUCGGCUCCAUGUCGGGCUCCUUGAAAGCUCUGUCAGCAACCGAACUGGGAGCUCAAGUCGUCAAAGCUACGAUCGACCGAGCAGGCUUGAAACCUUCCGAUGUCGAGGAGGUUUACAUGGGAAACGUGCUCCAGGCCAACCUUGGUCAGAGUCCGGCCCGUCAGGUCGUCAUCGGCGCUGGAUGUCCCGAGUCGACUGAAGCCACCACAAUCAAUAAGGUUUGUGCCAGUGGCAUGAAAUCCAUCAUCCUCGCUACUCAGAACCUACAGACCGGCAACCGCUCCGUCAUGGUCGCUGGUGGAAUGGAGAGCAUGAGUAACUCACCUUUCUAUCUACCCCGAGGAUCGACUUUUGGACAUUUCCAGGCAUCCGAUUCGAUCGUCAAGGAUGGAUUGUGGGACGCCUACAACCAAAUCCACAUGGGAUCCUGUGCCGAGGAGACGGCAGUGAAACACUCGAUCGGAAGAGAAGCCCAGGAUGACUAUGCGAUCGAAUCCUACAGUCGAGCCAAGAAAGCCUGGGAUGCUGGUGUAUUCAAAGAAGAAAUCGUACCGGUCGAGAUCAAAGAUAAACGAUCGGGUAAGGUCGUACUCGUUUCGGAGGAUGAAGAGUACAAAAACAUCAAGUUGGAUAAGGUUAGAGCCUUGAGGCCAGUCUUCAAGAAGGAGAAUGGUACCGUCACAGCCGCCAAUGCAUCAACCUUAAACGAUGGGGCAAGUGCCGUAGUAGUCAUGACGGGUGACAAAGCUGAUUCGAUGGGAAUCAAAAAGCUAGCGAAAAUAAUCUCCUAUGCCGAUGCGGCUUGUGCCCCGAUCGAUUUCCCUAUUGCGCCCACCCUGGCCAUUCCGAUCGCCUUAGAGAAAGCAGGUUUGAAGAUCGAAGACAUGGCCAAGAUCGAAAUCAAUGAAGCUUUUUCCGUCGUUGCCCUUGCCAAUUUGAAGGUCCUUGGAAUCAAUUCCGACCGAGUCAAUGUCUACGGCGGGGCGGUCGCUUUAGGUCAUCCCAUCGGCAGCAGUGGUUGUCGAAUCAUCGUCACCUUGGCUCAUUCUUUGAAGCCUGGUGAAUACGGCUUAGCGGGUGUUUGCAAUGGAGGAGGAGCUGCUUCAGCGAUGGUAAUCCAAAGAGUAUAA